AUGUCUUCUUCCACCCAGGGCCAAACCCAGCCAACGUCAUCCGCCGCCAUUCCCCACCACUAUCCUCACUCCCAGCAGGCGGCGGCGACGACGACGACGACGCACGCCCAGGCCGACGCCGCGCGCGCCAUCGACCACACAAACGCCUGGAAGCCCUCCCUCGACCGCCGCCAGAGCUGGAAUAAGGAGGACCAGAAGCACGUGCUGCAAAUGUCGGGCAUGGCCGUCGGAAACACGGGUCCCGGCUUUACGGAGAAGCCCACGACCUGA